AGUAGGCUAGUUGGGGCUUUUUGAGGUAGACCUGUGCGCUGUGUGCGCAUGCGCAGGCGCCGGCUGUACCUUCGUGGAGUUACCGGCGGUCACCGAGGUAUUGAUGUUGUAAGCCGGUACCGGGGAGGUAUAAAAGCGCGAUGGAGACGACUGAACGCUGAGAGUAGACCCGUAAACAGAAGAUGCUCUCCUUGACAGUGCUGUUGCUCCUCAGUGCUGCUGCCGGUGAGGCUGUGACAGACCGUUAUCACGCGGAUGGACCGGCUGCGUCCUCUUCUCCUCCUCUGACUCCGACUCCGUCCCGCUGCGGUGCUGAGGAGUCCGGGCGUCCCGGGCUCGCUUUAGCCCGCUCGGCAGAGCAACCGACCCCGACUACGGUCCACGGCGAAGCGUCACACCCGCACGGAGGGGGUUAUAGGAUAGUGCAGUGGGAAUGGAGCUACGUACAGACACCGUACAUCAUAGCCAUUUGGCUCCUGCUGGCCAGCGUCGCCAAAAUAUUGUUCCAUUUCUCACAGCGCUUCACCACGGUGGUCCCGGAGAGCUGCAUGCUGAUUCUAUUGGGUCUGGUGCUGGGUGGUGUGGUGCUCAUCGCCAGCAAGAAGCAGCUCUACCAGCUGGACCCAGGCCUCUUCUUCCUCUUCCUGCUCCCCACCAUAGUGGGGGAUGCUGGGUAUUUUAUGCCUGCCCGCCUGUUUUUCGACAACCUGGGUGCCAUUUUGAUGUACGCGGUGGUGGGGACUCUGUGGAACGCCUUCUGUACAGGGUUCUGUCUCUACGGAAUGAAGCAGGCAGGGGUCAUCGACGAUAAGGUGGAGGCAGGACUGAUGGAGUUCCUGCUUUUCGGAGCUCUGAUCUCAGCCGUGGAUCCGGUCGCAGUUCUCGCUGUGUUCGAGGAGGUCCACGUUAACGAGAUGCUCUUCAUCAUCGUGUUCGGCGAGUCGCUCGUCAACGAUGCGGUCACAGUGGUGUUGUAUAAGGUUUAUAUCUCCUUUGUAGAGGUGGGUCCAGGAAAUGUCCAAACAGCAGACUACUUUAAAGGUGUUGCCUCCUUCUUCAUCGUCAGCGUCGGUGGGACGCUGGUGGGACUGAUCUUUGCUGUUAUCCUGGCCUUCAUCACUCGUUUCACCAAGAGGGUGCGCAUCAUUGAGCCGCUGUUUGUCUUCCUGCUUGUGUAUCUGGCUUACCUCACAGCUGAACUCUUCUCUCUCUCAUCUAUUCUCUCAAUGACCUUCUGUGGCAUUGGCUGCAACAAAUAUGUGGAGGCCAACAUAUCCCAGAAGUCCCGCACUGCCGUCAAGUACACGAUGAAGACUCUCGCCAGUAUUGCUGAGACCAUCAUCUUCAUUUUCCUUGGCAUUUCAGCUGUCGACAAGUCCAAAUGGGCCUGGGAUACUGGCCUAAUCAUGUGUACUCUCAUAUUCAUCUUUGUCUUCAGAGCCAUGGGUGUAGUCGGACAGACCUGGAUUCUGAACAAGUUUCGAUUGGUCCCUCUGGAAAAGAUUGACCAGGUGGUGAUGUCGUACGGCGGCCUGAGAGGCGCAGUAGCGUUUGCCCUGGUGGUAUUACUGGACGCGGAGCAUGUGAAGGCGAAGGAUUACUUUGUUGCAACGACCAUCGUUGUGAUUUUCUUCACGGUCAUGUUUCAGGGUCUGACUAUCAAGCCUCUGGUUAAAUGGCUCAAGGUUCCUCGCAGCACUAACAGAAAACCUACCAUUAAUGAAGAGAUCCAUGAGCGUGCCUUUGACCAUAUUCUAGCUGCAGUGGAAGACAUUGCUGGUCUGAAUGGUUACCAUCACUGGAGAGACAAAUGGGAACAGUUUGAUAAAAACUAUCUGAGUAAACUGCUGAUGCGCAAAUCUGUGUACCAUAAAAGCGAGCUGUGGGAGGCGUACCAGAAAAUCAACAUCAGAGACGCUAUCAGUGUCAUCGAUCAGGGUGGAAACAUUUUGACCUCUGCUAGACUCUCGCUCCCCUCUAUGGCCAGUAGAACGUCCUUUCCGGAGGUGACCAACGUUACCAACUACCUGAGAGAGAAUGGUAGUGGGGUAUGUCUGGAUCUUCAGGUGAUUGACACAAACCCUGGCGCAAAGGUUGAGGAGGAAACAGAAACACAUCACGUACUGGCUGGGAAUCUGUACAAACCAAGAAGACGGUACCAGUCUCACUACAGUCGCCACUUCAUAACGGCGGGCGAUCAGGAGAGACAGGACCGGGAGGUGUUCCAGAGAAACAUGCGCAGCCGCCUGGAGUCCUUCAAAUCCACCCAGUACAAACGACACAAGAAAGACCGCAGCCAGAAAAAGCGCAAAGGUUCAGACGCAAAGGAGCAAGAAACCAGUGAAAAGCCCAGGAGAAACGUCAGCUGGCAAGACAAAGACCCUGUGGUAGUGCCACUGGAGCCUGGGGAGGAGAAGGGAGAGCAUUCAGAGCCAGAGAAGGAUGAGGAUGUUGGGAUCAUCUUUGUGGCCCACAGGGGUUCAGAAACACCAAAGGCACGACCUAAAUCAGACUCAACCGUUUCAGAGGUGUGUCAGAGCCCGUCUGUCGCCCCCCCGUCUCCCACGUGCGGAGAGAAAAACCUGCCAUGGAAGGAAGAUGUGGACGCUCUGCCUCCGUGUGUGUCCAGCGAGGCCACUAAAAUCAUCCCCAUAGACCUGCAGCAGGCCUGGAACCAGAGCAUCUCCUCAUUGGAGAGCCUGGCCUCGCCUCCGGUCCUUCAAGAAGCGCAGCACCCACACGUCAACCCCCUCUCCAGACUCGCCGCACCCACGCGGCCUCCCACUUCAGCCCAGUUCUACUUCCCUGGAGGCAAAGACGAGGAGGAUGAGAGCACCCUCACUCACCAGCAACAGGAAAUGCAGCCUCUCAUGUUAUCCAGGAGGCAGCUACCCUAUUCUCUCCCACCCUCUGCCGCACCACCUUCUGGAAAGAGGAGGAAUCCGUGUGUAUAUCUGAGGAGUCUAGUAACAACGCCACCGUCAAACAGUGUGCCGCAUAGCAGAAAACCAACACAGCUGUAGUUUAGGUUCUUUCUCUCUUUCUUUAUAUCUUUAUAUAUCUGCUGCCUUUUUGGCCCUCCGUUAAAUCAUACUGCUGGCUAAUAUGAUAGCCUCAUUCUGAUUUUAUUUCUUCUGAAUAUAAAUUUUACCUUGAUGUUUUUAAAAAGCCAGCAUUAAGGUGAAGGAAAAUUACGACUCCAAAGACCGGACCUUAAGUAAUAACUUGCUGACCUGCAGCACCUGUGGUCUCGGUGCCUGUACAAACAGGGCAGUUCCUCUUACGUGGACAAAUCGUUCCACUUUUCGUGUUUUUCUUUUUCUUUUUUUGUGUGCUCCAAAUGCAUGCCAAGAAAUUAGCACAGAAUAUAUCUGUGUAGACCACAUUAACGGGGGCUUUUGGGUGUGUCAAUCAAACAUGGCUUUCAUUUACAAGCCAAACCCAAACUCGACAAAAAAAAAAAAAAAAAAAACCUCUUCGGAAAAUACUUUUAAACUCCAAAAACCGAGAAAGAACGUCCGAUCGCUAUUGGGCCAGCUCUAUUCUUCGACUCCGCCCAGUCAUCCGAAAGCAAAACAAAAGCGAGAGAAUAAGGGGCAUUCAAUCCAGCCAAACCUCACUGUUAAGAGUCCAGAUUCCACUUUUUGAAUGACUCUUGGCUAAAAAGAGCAGUCCGUUCUCCCCCCGAUCUGCUCAGAGACCGUGAGGAACCAGUGCUCCGUGUAGACUCUGCGUUCUUAUUCGCUAUGGGGCACAAAGCCAGGCAGCUCGAUAAUGCUGUCCACACACACACACACACACACAACAUAUGUGAAGUGGAUAUACUCUAUACUGCACGCUUAUAGUCACCAUGGCUGUAGAUGCACAUCAUAAAAACACAGUGCGAUCUCUUUAACACAUGAGCAGGACAGCAAUUUAUAGCCAAAUGGGAGAUAUAUAUGCUGUAAGUGCUGUCUGUGCUUCUAAUCAUAGACUAGCUGUGCUGUUUGCUGGAUUGAUCCACUACUUCAGUUUGCUUUUAAAAGACGUCAUCAUAGCACUUUCUAUAAGCCUGUUUUUAUGUCACAUAUACUGUAUUUAUUUGACGUUCUUCCUCUUUGGAUUAACCGAAGAAGACUUCAUGUGAAAUUGUCGUAUGCACAAUGAGCAGUUUGAAGGACCAACAUGGAUGUACGUAUGUAGAAUAAUAAAAUUAAAAAAUCAAAUGUCCUGUACACCCACUCUGUAUGUUUGUGUGUUUAACAAUGACUGUGUCUCUUCACAUGCUUCACAUGCUGUUGUGUAUUUUGUCUGUAAUCAGGUACUGGAAAUCAACUGUGUAGGAAUGUCAGAUAAAGUCUAAUACGUCUUAUAUGAGCAUUGUAUUGUAAUCAAUCAGUGACAGUAUAGACAUAAAUGCACAUAAAAAAAAAGAGUUAAAAAUAUUUAUUCAUCAAUAUAUUUACUUGAAAUGGUGGCAGUUUGGACUGCCAGAGUGACCUAAGAUUCACAGCACAUUAAAUGUCUGUGUACGAGAUACUAUCCCUUUAUGCGUGUUGAUUAAAUGUAGUAUUAUAUGCAAAGCUUAUGAUUUGCACCUUAAGAUGAAAAGCCAUGUAAAACCCAGAUUUGGUCAUGUUUAAUCUGCUAUCUCAUUGUUUCUUUCUUCUUUUGUUUUUUUUUUGUGUACUCUAGUGUGUUCUGAGAAUAUGUUGUGCCUUUAGAAACGAGUCUGGAUUGUCCUGCGUAAGGGGCCUUGAUAUCGGUCGUGCCUGGCAAACAGUCAAGAGCAGUUCAGUGUUGUGCUGUCUCACUUAACCUCGUCAUGUUUGUCGAAUAGUUUUCCUUUCCUCACUUUGGGAUUUAAAAAUAAAAUAAAAUGCACAUAUACGAUAAGACAGGUGCGGCUGUUUUAUUGCACGUCGUACGAUCUGCCCAUUGGGUGUUCUGUUGAAAAUUAGACAAAGAGUCUCUGUGCCAAAUGUUAACCCUGGGUAGUGUCCAAGAGCGAAGCUAAUAAAUGAAGAAAGCUUUCUUACAGUAAUACAGAUG